ACCAGCCUCCAACCUCAACUUGACGCCCAAUUAACAUCUCUCCAGUGCCUCUUGGGGCAGAGACCCUUCAAAGCGCCCGCCCGCCCUUGUUGGCGAGUAGGUCUGGCCGACAGAACCGCAGAAUCCGCCGUAACAUGGGGCUACCCUGGCUUCUCUGCCCGCACUGCGGGGAAGUACCGACCGGCCAAUCAGCUACGGGGUAACGGCAGGGGCCACUUCGGCAGAAUUAUUAAAACAAGGUGUGACGUGAUUCUGUUGAUACAUUGUCACGAACGCCAUGAAGGGUAUUCCGAAGACAUUGUCCUUGUAUCCUCGGAACAGCGCAAUACCGGUAAUUAAACAAGGCCGCGGCGCUAACGCAAUUAGAGAGGGAAGCGAAGUUGGCCUUCAACGGUACCGGUACUCGAGUAACACUCCCAGGGUUAUGGCAAGCGAUCAAGGAUCGACGCUCAAACUGGGAACUAAACAUGCGGUUUCUGCUAAGGGGCUCAACCUUACGAAACCCUAUUUUAAGGCUCUCAAUAGUAGCACUACUCGGGUAACUUACAGGAUUCAAAGACAUUCUGACAAUCGGGUCUUCCCGUGGCGCUAAACUCCCGCCUCAAGUCCGGCUAUACGAGGAGCCUAUGGUCCCAGCGGCUGGUAUCCAGGCAACUUCCACUCGUACAAACAUUAAUCCCAGUAGCCCCUAUCGGCGCACCUUUGGCUACCGAAAAGUCAGCUAGAAAGGACUGUGCCUAUCUUAAAGGCGGUAUCUUCCCCUACCAGUAGUAUAUUCUCCUAACUUGCCAAGUAGCUAGCGCAAAAGAGAUUGGACAGUCUCCCGCGGCACCCUCCAAUGGGCCCGCGUACACGGAAGAGACUUCGAGGCCAGCGGCCGCAACCUUGUCCUUUCUUCGCCGGUAAUGCAAAAUGUAAAGACUUCUAACCAGGCCAUUGACUUCACAUGUACCUCCCCCAUUCCCUCUCUGAUUGAAAUCUUCCGAUAGCUGACAGCUAGGGAUAGUUGAACCCGCAAAUGGACCCGGGAGAUAGUGGGACCGUAACUUACCGUGGUUUAGGGUGGUAGGGUUGGAUUAAAUGGGGAGGGAAAGAAGUAGUGGAGGCUAUUGUAAAGGCAAACUGAGGCCACGCUCAACACAGCAUUUACUUCAUGGACUUUUCUGCCUCGACCCAUAUAGCCUUUAUCUCGCCUUAAAACGCCCACUUGUU